UUUCUCUCUUUCCACUCCUCGCGGUCGCGGUCGCGGCCGCCCUCGCCGCCGCCGCCGCCGCCGCCGACGAGGUCGCUGCGCACCGCCCGAAGGCCACGGCCGUCGUAUCUCUCGUCGCGGAGGUCGACCCUCGUUCGAGGCCAAGUCGUUCUAGGUUUAGAAAAUAUGGAUGCACAAGCAUAUCCAGACCAUCCGCAGAUGAAAUCUGCUGUUGUUCUUAGAGGGACUGCCAAAGAUGGGAAACCUGGACCCCCCGUUGGUGUUGUUGAUAUUGGGGUGGCUGAGAAAGCCUAUCUAUUUCGGGUUGCUGUGCCUGGUGUUGACAAGGAAUCAGGUAAGCUGAAAUUUUCCAUUGGAGCCAAUGGGAGGAUUGAAAUACAGGGUGAGAUCACGGAUAGAGGCGUUCUGAGCAGCUCAUCAGACGUGUACCGGAUGAUAACCCAGCAACUGAGUCCAACGGGGCCGUUCUCUGUUUAUUUUAACCUGCCUGGACCUGUAGAUACCCGUUUUACUAUUGCCAAUUUCCGUCAAGAUGGCAUUCUGGAAGUAAUGGCCUUCAAAAAGUGAAGUCCAGUGGUCUUGCUAAUGUUCUUGUUCAGAAGUUACAUGUACAGGGCACACAAUGAGCAAAUAUUGCCGUUUUCUGUGAGGCACUCGACUCAUCUGGAUUAUAUCA